AAAUUAGAAAGACAUAGGGUUUGCCGUGUUGCGAUAGGAAUGAGAAAAAAUCUAAACUUGGUUUGUGGAUCCCUUGGUUUCAACGGUUCCUCUAAACCACCUGCCAUGGUAGAAGACGGAGUUACCAUACCAUUGCCAGUAGUUAGUUAGCCCCUUGGUGGUUAUCCACCCAACGACACCGGCGUUAACUCCUCAUACAUCCCCUUCACUUUCAUCGUAACCUCCACUCAACAAACUGCAACCACACCACCCCACCAACAAUGUCGCCAAUCAAACAAGAGCCCAUCGAUAAUUCACUAGAGAUGAUGCCGGAUAUCAAAUCAGAGACCAUUGAUUACCCACCUCAUAUCAAAUCAGAGACCAUCGAAUACUCUCCACCGUCCAAGCGACUCAAAACCCUAAGCUCAGAUUCCCCAUCAGCGUCCUCAAAGGGCAAAUCAAAGAUUGAAAACGAAGACGAUAAUGAGGAUGAUGAGUUGCAGCUGGGGACUUGCGGCGUGUGUUUGUUGGAUGAGGGGGUGUCUCUACGAGGUUUUAUUGACAGCUGCGAUCAUUAUUUUUGCUUUGUGUGUAUCAUGGAGUGGGCUAAGAUCGAGUCUCGGUGUCCGAUAUGUAAGCGUCGGUUUUCGACUAUUCAUAGGCCUCAGAAAGAUGGAGUCUUUCUAUCUGAGAGAAUUGUUAAUAUCCCCGUUCGUGAUCAGAUUUAUAAUCACGGUGGCAAUGCAACAAUUGGACCACCUGAUCCAUAUUCACAAGUAAAAUGCAGCGUUUGUUGCGGUUCGUCAGAUGAGCAACUUCUUUUACUAUGUGAUCUAUGUGACUCAGCCGCUCACUCAUACUGUGUUGGUCUUGGAGCAACCGUACCAGAAGGUGAUUGGUUCUGCAAGGACUGCACACUUUCAAGGGAUGAACAUGCUAAAGUCGAAACAAAUAUGACUUCCGAUGAUGGUAAUAAACCCCGUUUAAGCUUCAAUACAGAGCAGGUUACUAGUCCCGAGGUGUCAAUCCAUGAUAUUGUAAGAGAUUCCUCUGAACAACGGUUAAAACCUCAGUCAACUGUUGACGGGUCAAAUGCACCAAAUGCUAGAACCUUGCAGCGUUGCCUUAAUGUGCAUUCACGUAUAAGAGUAUUACGUGAAAAUUGGGAGGGGCUUAGAGGCGGGUCCGUGAAUUUUUCUUCCAGUUCCGAAAACAGGGUUACAACAAGUCAAAAUCAGUCAACGCCGGUAAAGCAUGAGUCAACUUCACAAAAUCAUCCGUAUGAUAUCAAUAAAGCAUGGAAAAUGAUGGAUAUUGCAGCAAAAGCGUCAGGAAAAAAGACUGGAAAUAAAAAUUCUGUUCCUAAAGGCUCGGAACUUCAUAAAAAGAAAGAAAAACUAAUGAAAGAGGCGAGUAAGGUAAGGCCCGAUAGCAAUUACAUUGUGGGCUUGAAAAAGAAUGAAAGAUUAUUGAAUGAGGCAAGUACGGUGAGGCCCGAUAGCAAUUAUUUCGGGGGCUUGAAAAAGAAUGAAAGAUUAUUGAACGAUGCAAAGAAGGUGAGGCCGGAAAGCAAUUAUUUUGUGGGCUCCAAAAAGAAUGAAAGAUUAAUGAAUGAGGCAAAUAAGGUGAGGCCCGAUAGCGACCAUUUUGUGGGCUUGAAAAAGAAUGAAAGAUUAUUGAACGAUGCAAAUAAGGUGAGGCCAGAUAGCAGUUAUUCUGGGGGACUGAAAAAGAACGAAAGUGGGAUUUCAUCUUCUACGAAGAUUAUUGCGUCUGCCGAGCUGAAGAAUGAUGGUUACAAUUGUCGGAAUCUAUCAACUGCGUCGAAUGGUGUUGGUUCCAGUGGUCAAUCGUCAUCCGUAGCUACUGAUAAACGCUGUGCAAAAAAGAUGGUCGAUGCGACUUCAGAGAAGAAGGAGAACAUAAAGAAAGAGACACCACUUGAUGGAAAUAUUAAGGAAACUGAGAAUGCUAAAAGCGAGAUUCAGUCACUUGUUAAGCUCAACUUGAAGCUUUUAAGCAAGGACAAGAAACUAGGAGUUGAUGCGUUUAAGGAAGUUGCAAGACAUGCAACUCAUUCAAUCAUGGCUGCUUGUGGCAUCGAGCCUCCAAAGGCGCGAUUCCGGUCCUUUGAAAGAGUGACAUGUGACCAUGGUCAAACACGGAAGCGGCCAAGCUCUACGUUAAUGCCGACUUCCUGCAGAGAAUGUUUUUUCGUUUUUGUCAAGGAUGUUGUCACCGCCAUCGCAUUUGAUGCAACCACCUCCUGAAAACCGUGACCUAGUUAGUUUAGCUUUAUUAGAAGUAAAUUGUUUGUAUGUAAUAUUGUUCAUGUUUUUACAUUUUUAGUAGCCUUAAGUUGGUUAGUAGUUUGAAUGACUUGGAAACACCUCUUGACAUCUUGGAAACAUUCAACUCUUUAAUCAAACAAAUAAACAGCGAACACAAACGGACAUGUUUAUUUUGUUUAUGUUCCGAGUGUUAAGGAAUUAAGCUUGUACAUGUUUAUUUAUCUUCAUUUGUUAAUACGUUAUACGAA